UGGUGCAUUGUCGAAGAGUGCAUGACACAGAUGUGCAUGUUUGUGCUGUAUGAAAAACUUAGAACUUGUAUGAGAAUGUUUAUGAAAAAACUAUAUUAAAUCCAAUGCUUCCGUGUUUUGUUAUACACAACCUCAUAGUCGAAUUCAUAUGGAAACCCAUAUAAGUGAAACAAAUUGAAAGCACAAACGAAUUAAUAUGCUCCUUGCUGUUGUUUAUUUCCACUGAGUGUAGGUCACACACUUGUUCCAGUCAUACUUCGCGUGCUGUUGUCUGCUGCUUCUGUACGUAAAUUAGCGUUCGCGAGAUGGAACACGAUACAGCUAGUAAAGCAGAACCACAAACAGGACCGUCAUUAGUGAAAGUAAAAGACUCUCAGUUAAUCGGAAUUGUAAUUGCCGUUCUCGUCAUAUUUAUUACGUUGGUGUUAUUUGCCAUAUGGAGAAGGCAAAGGAGUGCCAGGAGAGGCAUACUGCUUGUUGGACUGAGUGAUUCCGGCAAGACCCUAGUAUUUUCAAGGCUUUUGCACUCUAAAUUCGUGUUAACACAUACGUCUAUAAAAGAAAAUAUUGAAGAUCUGGUGCUGAACAACAGCUCUCUAAGAAUUGUUGAUAUUCCUGGACAUGAAAGACUCAGGGCAAAAUUCUUUGAACAGUAUAAGCCAAUAGCAAGGGGAAUUGUGUUUGUCAUUGAUUCUGUGACAUUCCAGAAAGACAUUAGAGAUGUUGCUGAAUACUUGUACACCUUGUUGUCCGAACCGAGUAUCAAAUCAAAUGUAACACCAUUCCUAGUGUUGUGUAACAAACAAGAUCAAACAAUGGCCAAAGGGAGCAAAGUAAUUCAAGCAUUGCUGGAGAAAGAAAUGAAUUUAUUGCGACAGACCAAAUCGAGCCAGCUAGAAAGCAUCAACAGUGCAGAAACCACCACACAUUUCUUAGGCAAGAAAGGAAAAGAUUUCGAAUUUGCACAUUUGCAUCCCCAGAGAGUUGAGUUUGCAGAAUCAAGUGCUUGUGAUAAAGAUACUUCCAAGCCAGCCGAAUUAAAUGAAUUGAAGACGUGGCUGCAUAAGAUUGCGUGAUAAUGAUGAUGGUUUUGUAUUUUGUGUUUGUGAAAUGUUACGUCAUUAAAAAAUUUAAAUAAACCUGUAA